UUAAAAGCUGGAAUGUUUUGGUUUUUGCCGCUUUCAUGUUCUGAGAAGAAGCUAGCUGACUGAUUUGUGCCAAUGGAUACUUUAUUUAGACACCGAUCGCUCUAUAAAGCCACCACCCCACCAUGGAAAGAAACGUACCGAAAGCGCUGUGUGGACAGACUGAAGAACAGCAGGUCCAAACUGCUGGAGCGGUACCGACAGAUGGGGGAGGGUCCGCAGCCUAAGGCCUUCGGAGGGUCAAUUAUCGUCCAGGAGGUGAUGGAGGAGGAAUGGAGCGCUCUGCAGGCAGAAAACCAGCACAGACUGCCCUCUCUGUGGGGCUCCAGCAACAUGACAGAGAUGUUUGGUGUCACAAAGGAAUAUGAUGAAUUGGCAGUACUUGAAGAAAUCCAGCAGGAGCUUUUGUCUCAUGAAAUGUCUAUAAUUGAAGAAUUUGAGAAAAAUCAACAGUUCGAACAGCAAUAUAUAUCAUCUAUGGUGGAAGGAAUGGACGAAGACAUGGAUCACAUAAUUUGUCCUGUUUGUCAUGUGAAUAAUUUGACUGUAAAUAAUCUUUUUAUUUCCUGUCCUUGUGGCGUGUAUAUUAAUACUAAGAGUCGUAAUAUCAGUCCAGAAGUUCUAAAAGACCUGCUGGAAUCCCAGAUUUCUGAGCACAUGGAGGAGUGCUUUCACAAUCCCAUUUUCUCUAUGGCAUCUAAUGGAGACAGUCCUCCUAACCUGAUGAUCAGCUGCCAGGCUUGUGACUAUUUGUCUGUUGUCCUAUAAGAAUCUAUUUAUGUGUUUUUAAUUGCAUAUUUUAAGUCUGUAGUAUAAAAUAAAGAUUAUUUAUUUUUA